GGAUUUGUCAAAUCUGUAUUUAUUUAUUUGAUUCAUUUAAUUAAAUAAAUGCUCUUUUGUUGUUUUAAUGUCAUCCACAAAUCAAUCCUUUUGUCAUAGCACAGAAGGUGGAUUACUAAAAAAAAACAAUCACUAGUUAUGUUUUCGGCCAGUAGUUAUUUGGCGCAGUUGUUUCUUUUAAUCCGACUCAAACUCAGAUAGAAAAACAAAACAAAAAAAAUCAAAUUUGAUGCCUUGUUGUCCCCUGUGAGUGCUCAUGCAUUACAUAGGGAAAAAAAAAAGUGACAAAGGGGGACUAUAUCUCAAAAUCUAAUUUAACAACCAAAAUACAAACUAAAUCAUUUCCCAUGAUGCACCUGAUGAUCUCUAUCGCUGCGUUGCCUCCUAUGGUGACAUACUUGGAAGAAUGUAACCUGUGAGACUCUGUUCACUGCGAAGAGAAACACUAAAAAUACACCUGCCUUAAUCUUCUUACAGGACCUGUGCUGCCUGAUGGACCACGCACACACACAAAGGCAGAUUGAUCCUUAAGAGCAACCUAAUUCGUCGAAUCAUCUCGUUCCAGGGUUCGCUCGUAUGGUUUCUCUGCUGGAGGGUCUGUGCGGCCCGGACUGUUUGGACGAGAUGAGCAUGUCGAGCCGCCUCAGCCUCAACAGCCUAGGUCGCAUCUGCGGAAUCGGACCCAACAAUGACACGGUGGUGCUGGACCGGGUCAAGCGGAAGAACUCGGUCAGGCGCAUGUCCAUCAUCGAGGACGGGCAGAUCGCCGAGGUGCUCUACUUGAUCCCCAAGCAGUGCAUGAUGGAGCAGCUGCCGUUCCUCAAUCCCAAUGACUACGUCCUGUGCGAGAAGUUGGCGGCCAUACCUGCUGAUGUGUCAGUGCUUCACACUCACUCUCCCGCACCCAAGCGGGUCAUCAGAUGCGUCAAAUGCGGGGAGGUCUGCAAAGGGGAGGUGCUUCGAGUCCAGUCCAGUCACUUCCACAUCAAAUGUUUCACCUGCAAAGUUUGUGGCUGCGACUUGACCAGGUCGGGCUUCUUCAUAAAGAACGGCGACUGUCUCUGUCCGCUGGACUACCAAAGGCUUCAUGGCACGGUCUGCAACAGCUGCGGGGGAUUUGUGGAGGGAGACGUGGUCGCCGUUUUGGGCAAGACUUAUCACCCGACCUGCUUUGUGUGCACCAUUUGCAAGCAACCUUUUCCCGCGGGUGAUUGCGUCACCUUCAGUGGGAAAGAGUGCAUCUGUCAGCGGUGUGUUAACCCGUUGACUCCUCCGCCCACUGGUAUCAGAUACUCCGACAACUGCAACGGCUGCGGACGCGAUAUCAAGAACGGGCAGGCUUUACUCGCUCUGGGCAGCCAGUGGCACCUCGGCUGCUUCAAGUGCAACAUCUGCACAAAAUUGCUGAGUGGAGAAUACAUCAGCAAGGAUGGCGUUCCAUAUUGUGAGAGGGACUACCAGCUUCAAUUUGGGGUGCAGUGUGACGCAUGUCAGAAGUUUAUAACGGGGAAAGUCCUUGAGGCGGGGGACAAACAUUAUCACCCGGAAUGCGCGAGAUGCAGCCGAUGUGACAAAAUGUUCACCGAGGGCGAAGAAAUGUAUUUGCAAGGCUCAGCAGUGUGGCACCCGGACUGCAGAGAGAGGAGCAGGAACCAUGACAACAACAGGUCGACUCUGACUUCGUCUGAAAGCUCCUGCUCCAGACCCGGCUCGUGUACCCCUGGAAGCCCCGGUCGCUCCAUUUGUGCCAAAGUAGAUGAUGAGAUCAUUGAUUACCGAGAUUUAGCAGCAAUUCCCAGAGUCAAGGCUAUUUAUGACAUAGAGCAUCCCGAUAUGAUGUCCUAUAAGAGUGACGACCUCACCUCAGCUGCUUUGGACGGCACACGGGACAGAAAAAGCUCUGCCGAGUCUCCAGCAAAUGCAUCCGAAACCACCGAGGAAAGUUACGAGCUGAGGAAAUGCAUUCCCAAAUCGUCGAGCCACGGAUCAUUCGGCGUUCAGUCGUACAGUCGUCACAACUACACGCCGACGCGAUCGCCUCAACACUUCCACCGGCCCGGCUCAUUAUUUUCUGCCAACGACACCUUGGCAACUUCCUGUCACCUCUUAGCUCCUGACAGCGCAGAUCAAGGUUUCAACAUGUACAGAAAACCUCCAAUUUUCAAGCAGCAAGAUCCAAACUCCACCCAAACGUCCUCUUUGCCUGGAUACAGUUGCAACGGCCUCAGUCCACCACAAUCUACUGAAUUCCUCCGAAGCAGCGGCGACACAUUAAGAGAUUUCAAGCUCCCCCAUGACUGCCUGCAUCCAUUUGCACGAAUGGACAGAGGAGUGUCAAUGCCUAAUUUGCUGGAGCCAAAAGUCUACCCGUAUGAAAUGCUCACGGUUGUCAACAGGCGGCGUGCGAAACUUCCCAGAGAGGUUGACAGAACAAGAUUAGAGCGUCAUCUGUCCCCAGAGUCCUUCUUUGAAAUCUUUGGCAUGACCAUAAGGGAAUUUGACAAACUGCCACUUUGGAAACGAAACGACAUGAAGAAACAGGCCAAUCUCUUUUAAAUCAUCGCUAUGUUCUUUUAUUUAUUGUCAGAUUGCUCUGACUCCAUCUUCCUCAUGGGGGCACUAGAGCAGCAAAAAAAAAUUUUUUUCUUUCCUUCCUGUCUGUUCAACUUCUCAUAUUGAAGGAUUCCGUGGACUAAAUGAUCUGAGCUAAAAGCUGAAUCAUAGGAAUGUCUCCGCGUGGAAUGUUAUGUUAAAGCAAUCUGGAAGAUCUCAACGCGGGGCUUCCAAUGUUAAGCUUCCCGUCUUACCAUUGCGACACUCAUGCCUCAGUUUAUACUUGCCUUCAGAAAAUUAUACAAGACUUAUUAGGGGAUAUAUAUGUAUAUAUUUCUAAAAUUGCUGCAAUCAUAAUCAUACAUUCAAAGAGAGAAAAUAAAGUGUAUUAGCCUGCCAUAAAAAAAAAGUUAUUGAUUGGGCGAUGAUGUCAGAUAUUAGUACUGUAUUGUUUUAAAUCUGCUUACAAAUAUUGAAAGGUAUAUGGCUAUUUUUCCACAUCAUUCUACUCAAGCGCUGUAAAAAUAUGAGCCAAAGUGGAUAUUCAUGCCUGUGUGUGUUUCUAUGCACAUUUUAAGAUUAUUUUUGGCUCACGUCCCUAAAGAGUUGCACAUGAAUGCCUCAAAUGAAAAGUACCGGGUUGUCAUUUUCCACUUUCAUGUGGACCUCAAAGAACCAGUUUAUGAUGACAGAUGACUUGAUCUGCUUAUCUGGAUUGUGUUGAGAAAGCUACUCUGUAUCUUUUGGGCUAUUAUCCUGUCUGCAGAUUAUUUUGAGCUAAUUUCAAUUACAGUCUAUGAAGAAAGCGGUAGAAAAAGUAUUGCUAUUUUACAUCCUGUCUUCUUAAUGGCUUUUAAUUUUGAAUCUAUGCUUAAGUUAAACCUGCUUUUUGCCUUCUUUACUGUAUUCUUCUUCACUGUACUUAAGAUGCUUCCCCCCCCCCCCUUCUAUCUUUUCUUCAAAAUGUUUGCGUCUUUAAUUCUGUCCCCGGCUUGGUUGUCUCAUCCCCAAACGUGAUGUCAUGUGUUUUGACUGAGUUGCAACGAAGCUGCCAACAUUUUGCAAAUGUUUUGACACACUGUCAUCUUUCCUGUGUGUCCUUUGUCCUGUUUUUCUGAACUUGCAGAGAUUUACACAGCAGACAACUAAACAAAUUAUCAGCUGAAGAAAUAACCUUGACUGAUAACGAGAGUAAGCUGAAUAAACGGAGGAGAAAGAAUGAAAAACAUUGUA